AAAAAGAAAAAAGAAAAACUCUACAAGAAACACAGCAUACGAAUAAUGCGAACAGAAGUAUAAGCUUGUUCUCUCACACAUUCACCUUAGCAGAAGAAGAAGGAAGAGGAGGAGGUGUUUGUUCUUUGGAUCACCAAUCAUGAUUCACUUUGUGCUGCUCAUUAGCCGGCAGGGAAAAGUGAGGCUAACCAAGUGGUAUUCACCAUAUACACAAAAAGAGAGAACCAAGGUAAUCCGUGAACUAAGUGGUAUGAUUCUCACCCGAGGACCAAAGCUUUGCAAUUUUGUUGAGUGGAGAGGAUAUAAAGUUGUUUAUAAAAGAUAUGCAAGCCUGUAUUUCUGUAUGUGCAUAGACCAGGACGACAAUGAGUUGGAGGUCCUGGAAAUCAUACACCAUUAUGUUGAGAUUCUGGACCGAUACUUCGGAAGUGUCUGUGAGCUGGACUUAAUCUUCAAUUUUCACAAGGCAUACUAUAUAUUGGAUGAACUCGUGAUUGCUGGUGAACUCCAAGAGUCAAGCAAGAAAACUGUUGCACGUCUAAUUGCUGCACAGGAUUCUUUGGUUGAGGCUGCCAAAGAAGAGGCAAGUUCUAUUAGCAACAUCAUUGCACAGGCCACGAAAUGAAAGAACGAGGGCAUCACUGUUUUUAUGAUUCUCAUUCAUUGCUGUAAUCAGAUCUUGUUAUGACAUUGUCAAUCCAUGUUGCGUUAUGCUUCUUAUUGAAAUUUCUGGUUAUUAAAAAGGGUGAAUUUCUUUUGUAGUGGUGAUUUUUCCUUUCAACAAAGGUUGUUACUGCAGUGAUGUACUUUCUUACCUAGAAACUCUUGUAUUCAUUCUUGUCCAGUUAGCUGAUAAAUAGCUUUUACCCUUUUCAAGCUUUUCA